CUGUUCUGCCAUGGAGCCACCAAAGCCUCCACACAGAGUUUCUUCAUAUCAGCGGCUGAAGGUUAAGCUACACAGACCCCCACAAGAAAAUCCAGUUCCAAAAGACUGGCACCGACCGAGCAAUCUUGAGGAACUGAUACAUCAUGCACUCAAGGGAGGAGCACGUGCCUUUUUGUUGGCUUACGGAGUCCGAGCUGGUGUUAAUUUCUGCUUGUAUUUGUUGCGAGUCAUGCGAAAGAAGGCUCCGAUCGCCAAUAUACUUGCCGCGUCGUUUAAAAACCUUGAUGCUUUACGCUUCGGAGCCAUGUUUGGAUCGUUUGCCUUGCUAUGGAAAUCAGUCAACAAUGGCAUGAGACUCUACCGUGGUAAAGAAGAUCGUCUCAAUGGUUUUGUGGGAGGUGCAGCGGCUGGUCUAGCCAUAUUAUUCGAGAAACCCAAUAGACGAGUAGAUAUUGCUCAGCAAUUAUUGGUCAGAGCUGUUCAGGCCAUUUACAACGCAGGAAAAGCCAGGGAUAUCUUUUACUUCAAGAACGGAGACUCUCUCUUGUUUGGUUUGACUUGCGCACAGAUUUUGUAUGCGUAUACAAUGCAACCCCAGACACUCCCGCCAGAUUUCUAUGUAUUUAUGGUUAAGGCAGCACGAGUACCUGAGUCUCUGUUACGCCUCAAUGCCAAAAAUAUCCGCAAAAUCCCAUUUGAGGCUGGUGAGGCGCUCCAUGCUAUUAAAAGACACAGACCUACUCAGCAUGCAAUUGACGUUGUAAGCAAACUGUCAUCUCUACCAGUAGUAACUCCCUGUGAGGCAGUUCAUCCAUGGAUGGACAGUUGUAAUAGUACAGCAAUCGAGAGAUUUUCGCUUGUAUUCAAGAGUAUGAUGCCGGUAUAUGGUACCCUUCACUUUGUACCGUUGCUUCUCCUGAGAACGAAAAGUGUACUCGAAUCCCCCGUAAAGAUGCUGUCAAGAACUGCUAUCAACACAAUCAAAUCAGGCGCAUUUCUGGCGUCUUUUGUGUCCAUUUAUCAGGCUCAGGUGUGCGUACACCGUAAACUAGUAGAUAUGGGAAUUACGUCGAUGAACAGCAAAUAUUUCCACUUCUGCUAUGGUUUUGUAUGCGCUUACACAUCCAUAUUUAUUGAAGAUAAGAAGAGACGCAGUGAGCUAGCUUUGUAUGUACUUCCAAAAGCUAUCCAGAGUCUCUACUUGAUUGCCUACCAGCAUCGAUUGAUCUUCAAGUUGAAGCAUUUUGAAGUAUUGAUGUCCAGUGCUGCCAUGGCCGUUAUAAUGUCGUUUUAUCAAGAUGAACCAGAUGUUCUUUCAAAUUUUGUACGCAAGAUCAUGGUCCAGUUCUUUGGAAAGAAUUAAAAUCAUGUUGAGAAUCUUUCUUCACUGUCAAUUUCUGCUAUACGAGCAUUUGUUUCUAUCUCUUUCAACUUUCAUUAUAUGUUUCUUGCUUUCAUUUACUUAUUUCUACCAAUAUAUACAUAAAUACAUGGCCUCAAAUACUGAAUAUAAUCUU